GGGCCGGCCGGCGCCCCGGGGUGAGCGCCCGCGAAGAUGCCGCCGGCCGGCUGGUGCUGGCUGGGCCCGGUCCUGGCGGCGUGCGGCCUGCUGGCGGUGGCGGACGGCGCGGCGGAGGCAGGCGGGGGCGCGGGCGCGGGCGCGGAGGCCGCCUGCCCGGCCACGCUGCGCAGCACCGGCAGGUGCGCGGCGGGCGGCGAGUGCGCCUACCAGGUGCGCCUGCCCGCGCUCACCGUCCAGCUGCCCGCGCAGUGGGGCAGGCUCGAGGAGGUGUUCAAGGAAGUCCAGAACCUCAAGGAAACGGUGAACAGCCUGAAGAAGUCCUGCCAGGACUGCAAACUGCAGGCUGACGACAGCCGGGCCCCGGGCCGAGGGGGACAGCUGUCGCCCAGCCCGGGGGCCCCGGGGGAAGCCGAGGACGGGCGGGUUCGAGAGCUAGAGAGCGAGGUUAACAAGCUGUCCGCCGACCUCAAGAACGCCAAGGAGGAGAUCGACGUGCUUCACGGUCGCCUGGAGGAGCUCAGUCUUGUAAAUAUGAACAACAUAGAAAACUAUGUCGAUAGCAAAGUGGCGAAUCUAACGUCGGUGGUCAACAGUUUGGAUGGCAAGUGUUCAUCCAAGUGCCCCAGCCAGGAACACACACAGUCGCGUCCGGUGCAACAUCUAAUAUAUAAAGAUUGCUCUGACUACUACACGAUAGGCAAAAGAAGCAGUGAGACCUACAGAGUUACACCGGAUCCCAAAAACAGUAGCUUCGAAGUUUUCUGCGACAUGGAGACCAUGGGGGGAGGCUGGACAGUGCUGCAGGCACGUCUCGAUGGAAGCACCAACUUCACCAGAACAUGGCAAGACUAUAAAGUGGGCUUUGGAAACCUCAGAAGAGAAUUUUGGUUGGGGAAUGAUAAAAUUCAUCUUUUGACCAAGAGUAAGGAUAUGAUUCUAAGGAUAGAUCUUGAAGACUUUAAUGGUGUCAAACUCUAUGCCUUGUAUGAUCAGUUUUAUGUGGCCAACGAGUUUCUCAAAUACCGAUUACACAUCGGUAACUAUAAUGGCACAGCAGGAGAUGCCUUACAUUUCAGUAAACAUUACAACCAUGAUCUGAAGUUUUUUACCACCCCAGAUAGAGACAAUGAUCGAUAUCCCUCUGGGAACUGUGGACUCUAUUACAGUUCAGGCUGGUGGUUUGAUGCAUGUCUUUCUGCAAACUUAAAUGGCAGAUAUUAUCACCAAAAAUACAGAGGUGUCCGUAAUGGGAUUUUCUGGGGUACCUGGCCUGGUAUAAGUGAGGCACACCCUGGUGGCUACAAGUCCUCCCUUAAAGAGGCCAAAAUGAUGAUUAGACCCAAGCACUUUAAGCCAUAAAUCACUAAUGCUUAUUCCUCUGGGUAUUCGUUACCUAGUAGGGUAGUUAAUUCCUUCAGCACUUUGGAAUAUGUUUCAUACUACUUUUCUGUGACUAAAAAUUUAUCUCUAAGGAGUAGGUUCUUAUGCUACACAGCGUUUGAAAUAAACUGAAAAAAUAUACAUUUUAAAGGAGUUCUUUGUUGCUGUUGUAUUGUUAUCCAAAUGAGUACUUGCAAAGCGAUUGGAAGUAUUGAGAAUUAUACAUUAGAUUUAUGAUUUUCUUAAUUUCUAUUAAUUGAAAGGUUUUCUACUUACUUGUAUUACUAUAAUUAUGAAAUCAUUGUUUAUUUAGCAGCCUGGAUUUUUACACAAGUAAUCUGUAUUUUGAUUGUGACUUAAACACAUUUCAAGGUAGAUCACUCUUUUCAAACUAUUCUCAGUUAUUGAGUAUUUCUUCAUCUCUAAAUAUCCUAAUCCUCAUUCUGAGAUAAACUUUCUCAAUUGAUGGCAUUUACUGUGGUUCAGGAAGACCCCUAUAGCAUUUUAGUUCCCAGAUGAAGGGAAAUCUAUAUAAUUAGACCUAUUUAGGUACUAUUUGUGAAAUGUAAAAUAUUUGUCAUUUAAGAGAUUUUGAAAGCGGUAGCAUAAUGUCACUUCUAAAAGCAUUCAGAAAAUUAAUUCAAUCUUAAAGACUGUGGUUUAAAGGUAAUUCACAAUAACUCUUUAGAUGUUGGAUGGUAAAAACUGCUUUAAUAUAAAAAUUAGCUUCCUUUGCUCUGUAUGCACAAUAGUUUUUAAGUUUGCUCACUACUGUGCGUGACUACUGGUAGGCUUUCUUUUGGAAGGGCAGUUAUGGGUGGGGAAUGAAGCAUUUAUUUAUAGACUAGCAUACUCUGAAGGCCAAAGCAUUUAUAUCCAAAGCAAUAAUUUCAUUAAGUGAUUCACUUCAUAGAAAGGUGUUUUAUAGGACAUAUGAAUUUUGAAAUAUAUAGAAAAGUAGUUCAAUAGUAUGUAUUUCAAUUCUUAGCUGGUGUAUUGCUUAUUUUUUUAAAAGAUUUAAAUACAAGUGUUUAUUUUUUUAACCAAAAUAAAAUAUCUGAAACUUUUAUAAUUCACUAAUUCUGGAGUGUAGGUAUCAUUUUAAAAAAGAUUAUAAAAAAUAGUGUGUUAAAUUUCAUCACUGUAUAAAGAGAUCAUUUCAGAGAGAACAGUAGUAUUCUGUUGAACAUUUAAACAUAUUUUAGAAUAAAAUUUGAAAUAAUACACUAUAUUGUAUGUGAGUCAUAAAAAAUAUAUUUAGCCUUUAAUUUCCAGUCAGUUUCUAUUAUAGAAACUAUAAUUUCUCUAUUAUAUUUUCAAAAUAAACUCAUAAAGAUGCAACUUUACUCAUUUGAAAAUGAUUAAGGAGGAUAGUUGCUUUAGGUAACAAAUUAACAUUUUCAAAUAUUGCUCUUUAUAGAAAAUUCUAACCCAAAAAAGAAGCAAGAUAUUCUUUAAAAAAUAUAUAUGACAUACAAUGUCUUCAGGUACACAUGAUGAAAAUUAGGUUACUGUGAACACUAUCAAAACGUUAAAGCAAGAGCAAUGCAGAUAGAAUUGUGAUGACCAAAAUGUAAAAUAUCAUUGUAGAUUUCAAAGGCUUCAUAUCUACUCCAUAGUUUAAUAAAUGUAAAUGUAACUGAUUUACUCUUUAUUUCUCUCUUCUCUUAAAAAAAAGAUUAUGAAGAUUUUGAUAUUACAAUAUAUUUAUUUCAGAUAAGAGGAUUUUCCCUUACUGUAUGUAAUUAAUAUAUGCAUAAAUUUAAGUAAUUUUCUGUUAUCAAAAAUGUACUUGUGAGGCAGGAUCUUAUCCUCUCAAACUUCUAAUUCUCACAACAAAGAAAAGAAAAAAAAAUACACUCUUCACAAAAUACAGUUCUAAAGAAAAAUAGCCCAUAUAGUGUCUACUGACUUAAUGGGAACGAGGUAUCAUUUCAGGAGAUUUGGCAAACAAUUCAUUAAUCCACAUAAAUACUCAAAAGCUUGUCUAUCUUUCCACCUUAUUUUGAAGGAUCAAAUUUUAUUUUCAAUUAUACUUUUAUGGCACUUUUCUAAUAAAAAGUUCUGUGACAUAGGAAUUCCUUUUUGAAAUCAUUUCAUGUCAUUUAUAAAAUAUAUUUUAUACUUUGAUCAUCUUUAACAUGUUGAUGGAAAUAGAUGAUAUAUCAGUUUUUUGCCUUAACAUAGCUAUUCACUAAUAUAUGCUAAUGUUCAUAAAUGUUGAUUGAUUUCAGAUAUUUCAGAGUCUUGGUUCCAUUUUAAAGGCUACUAUUUGUUAUCUAAAUUAAGACUUUAUUUCUAAGCUUUAUCAUUCUUUGAAAAUGUUGACUAAAAUUAGUCCUUAGAAAUUCCAAGUGAAACAAAUUCACUCAUUGCUGAGAAGAAAAAUCAAAUUCUUCUUAUAAGCAGUAAUAUUUCAAAUGAACUAAUGACACAUCUGUCCAGUAAAAUAAAGAGCUUAAAUAUAUGCUGGACCUUAUUUUUGAAUGUCUAUCCAAGAAAGGUUUUAAAAGUAAAAGUGAUGGAUAGUCAUGAUAAGCUUUUGUUUAAAAUUCUUAUUUUUCUCUUAUGUAUAAGUUGGUUUAUGUCUCACGUCUUUUAGCAACUCUGUAAAAUAAAAGAUUUAAUCUUCACCUCUA